AGCGGGAAGAAUGCUCCUUACAUUGGAGGUCAGUGGGAAGAAUGCUCCUUACAUUGGAGCUCGGUGGGAAGAAUGCUCCUUACAUUGGAGGUCAGUAGGAAGGAUGCUCCUUACAUUGGAGGUCGGUGGAAAGAAUGCUCUUUACAUUGGAGGUCGGUGGGAAGAAUGCCCCUUACAUUGUAGAGCGGUGAGAAGAACGCUCCUUACAUUGGAGGUUGGUGGGAAGAAUGCCCUUACAUUGGAGGUCAGUAGGAAGGAUGCUCCUUACAUUGGAAGUCGAUGGGAAGAAUGCUCCUUACAUUGGAGGUCAUUGGGAGGAAUGUCCCUUUUACUGUGCUGAUCAGAAUGUCUCCCUUACAAU